AUGGCGGGUUAUGACGUGGUUGCCAGAACGAUCAUGAUGUUUCUGUUUUCAUCAUCAACAGCGGCUCAUGCAAACAACGUCGAGGUUGCCAAGAUCUUCCACGAAUGGACCAUCCAACACCAGAAGGUGUACCUGAACGACUUCCACAAGGAAGAACGCUUUCAGAUAUUCAAAACCAACUGGGAAUACGUUGAGAACUUUAAGAAGCUCCCAAAUCAGACCUAUACCGUAGGUCUCAAUAAGUUCUCUGACUUAACCAUAGAAGAAUUCCUGGAAGCUUAUAGUUGCGGCGGCUCAGAUCCCACUCCCACAAGUACCCACUCAAACUCGACGUCCUCAUCUCCUUAUAUCGGCAUCGAUUAUAUUGACUAUGAUACUUGCAAUGAAUCAAUCGACUGGACGAAAGAAGGAUAUGUGUCCCGCCCUGGGCAACAAAGUCAUGGUUCCACGGAUUGUGGUUCAUGCUGGGCGUUUGCGGCUGUAGCAGGAGUGGAAGGGAUUGUACAAAUUAGCAGGAACAAUAAAAACAUACCUCGACUAUCCGUGCAGCAGCUCGUUGAUUGUGAUAGAAAGUAUAACAAUGGAUGCCAUGGAGGUCUCGCAAUAGAUGCUUAUGACUAUAUACUAAAGAACGGAGGUAUCACAAGUGCCGAUAAUUACCCUUAUACCUAUAUGGAAGGACAAUGCGACGUCGCUAAGGAAAAGCAGUUUGAGGCAGGCAUCACCGGGUUUACUCUUGUUCCGCCCAAUGACGAGUUUGCGCUGAUGAAGGCAGUAUGCAGGCAGCCUGUAACGGCCAGAAUGACGGUGGCAAAAGGACUUCGGUGGUACACUGGUGGAGUAUUCAUGGAAGAGUGUGGACCCAAGUUAGGGCACGCACGCUGUGACCAUUGUUGGAAUGGGGAAGACUGA